AUGGGAAAGCUUUUACAAUUAUUAACUCAUCCCACUGAGUUGAGAGCUCUUAUUCAGUUAAUGGGGUUUAGACAGUUGUUUCACCCAAAGAGUUCCGAUGCUAAAUCAAAAACAAUUGUUAGAUGUUACGAGCUACUCCAUUUAACGUCGAGAUCGUUUGCUGCUGUGAUUGAAGAGUUACAUCCUGAAUUGAGAGACGCGAUUAUGAUUUUUUAUCUUGUGUUGAGAGCACUAGAUACUAUCGAAGAUGAUAUGACUAUCCCAUCAGAGACUAAAGUUCCACUUUUACGUUGUUUUGACGAGAAGCUCGACUUGAAGGAUUGGACAUUUACAGGUAGUGGCCCCAAUGAAAAGGAUAGAGCUGUUUUAGUUGAUUUUGAUCAAAUCCUUUCUGUUUACCAUGAUUUGAAACCACAGUAUCAGGAAAUUAUCAAAGACAUUACACACAAGAUGGGAAACGGGAUGGCAGACUAUAUAUUGGAUGAGAAUUUCAACCUCAAUGGUUUGAACACCAUCGAGGAUUAUGAUUUGUACUGUCAUUAUGUUGCAGGUUUGGUUGGAGAGGGAUUGACAAAAUUGAUGGUUUUGGCUGGGCUCUCUGAUCAAAGCUUGGUUGAAGACAAGUUUGUGAAAUCUAACUCAAUGGGGUUAUUUUUGCAAAAGACGAAUAUCAUCAGAGAUUACCACGAGGACUUAAAAGACGGUCGGUCUUUUUGGCCACAAGAAAUCUGGUCAAAGUAUACUACCGCGCUCCCACUGUUCCAUGAAGAUCCUGCUUCGCAAGAGCAAGGAUUGGCUUGUAUUAGUGAAUUGGUCUUAAAUGCACUUGGCCAUGUUGAACAUGUCUUGGAGUUUUUAUCCUUGGUGAAAGAUCCAUCGACUUUUUCGUUUUGUUCUAUACCACAGGUAAUGGCUAUAGCUACUUUAGCAGAGGUUUACAACAACCCUAAAGUAUUACACAGAGUGGUCAAAAUAAGAAAAGGUACUACUUGCAAAUUGAUUUUGGAAAGCAGAACACUUCCAGGUGUGGUCAAAAUAUUCAGGCAUUACAUUCAAGUGAUUAAUCACAAGUCUUCAGUAAGGGAUCCAAACUAUUUGAAAAUUGGAAUAAAAUGUGGUGAAAUCGAGCAGUUCUGUGAAAGCAUGUAUCCAUCUUCAUAUGCUUUGCCAAAAGGAGUCAAACCGCCCAAAGGUCCCUUGUAUAAGAUUUUGCAUAGCAGAAAAUCAAUCGAUGAUAGUGUGCAAAAAAUUAUUGACCAAGAAAACUUCAACACUAAUGCCGUCUUGGGGUUUAUUGGUGUGCUAUUGGCUGGUAUUCUUAUCUACUUAUAUGAGCACAGAUAG